AUGCUGAAGCGGCUGCAGCGCCAUGCAGCAAAAUUUCACCAGCAUGCGAACAAGUCGCGAGUUAUCCGGAAGUAUGCAGCUGCUGCUGAACAUUUCGAGAAGGCGGAGGUGAGACAACACACGGCCCACGUGGCUGCAUGGGUGGCCUAUCCACCCGAAGAUCGAAUUCCGGACGUUUCUGAGCUCCGGCUUCUUGCCCAACUCGUGAGAAAGUUGGGUUCGGGUCCUUUGCCUGCGCGCCUUCGCUUGGUCCUGCCAGCAGCGCAAAGAAGUCUCCGAUCUUACUCUUCAGCCGGCAACGAAUGGGAGGAGGCCCGAAGCUCUCUGCAAAAGCGAUUGGCACGCCUGCGCUGUUGUGCUGAAUCCCCGCCCCUCAUUGAAGAAGCUCCAGCAACGGCAACGGCUUCAUCGGAGAAGAAGGAUGCCAGUGGUAGCGUUUCUGGUCCAGAAAGCAUCUUCAAAAGCAUGAACAGGUGGGCGAACAUGCGGCUAGAAGAGAAGUCGAAGUGCUUGGAGGAAGCGGCAGCUGUGGUUGCAAGCCUCGACAGCAACACCAGCCAGACAAAACUGAGCGAAGUAGUGUCUCAAGCCGUGGGUGCCCUUGCACCCCCACGCACAGCUUGUCAGCAGGCGCAGCCAAUGUCCGGCGCGGGCGAAGUUGAUGGCUGCUUUAGUGCGGAGGAGGUCGGACCGUCCCUAAAUUUGCAGCGGCGGACGAGGAAACUGUUGCUCAAGGCUCUCCGCGCGUGGCAGUCGCAAGGCUUUGAUCCCAAGCUCAUUGAGGAAGAGCUGUGCUAUCUCCAGAAGCUCUUUGACGGUUUCGAAGCGAAGCGAGGCGACUUGCCAGGUGCUGCUUCAGCAUCUGUUUGGCUGGCCAUCAGGCAAGUCGUGGGGGAGCUGCAGCAGAUUGAAGAUGACAUAAUCCUGGAGGUGCAAACAUCGGAGUCUACCAAAUCUAUAUUGGGAAUGGAAAGAUCAAGCAAACAAGCUGUGAUGGAUAAAGUCAUGGUUGCACUGGGUGGACAAGCAACACUGAAGCAGCUGGUGUCUUAUGUGGAGCAGCAUCCGCAAGAUAUGGAGGAGUCGGAGGUAUUAGCCAAGCGCCUCCGUCGAAGUGGUGCAAGUGAUUUCUUCGCGAUCAAAGGAAAGUCAAAAGAUGGGCAGGCCAUUUAUGGCCUCGCAGAGAGUCGACCGAGAGGCGUGGAGGGCCACAUUGACCCCAACAGAUUUGCUGGAGCGAGUGCGGCGCUGGAAGGGUUGGCACUCGUUCUCCUGUACUCCGGGCAUGUCCCGGUACUCGGGAGAGUCGCAGAGCUGGCGACCUCCUCCCUGGCGGGCUGCUUCCGUGGUUUCAGCGGCGGCUUUGCCGCCACUGGCCUGGAGAAGCUUUUGAAGCUCUAUGAGUUCGAAGGCUGCCCUUUCUGCCGAAACGUGCGAGAGACGAUCUCCGUCCUCGCCCUGGAUGUAGAGAUCUACCCCUGUCCUCGAUCGACUCUCAAGGCUUACGGCGUCGUUGAGAACUCGCGCUUCAGGGAGGACGUCGCGAAGUUGGGAGGCAAGCAGAUGUACCCCUUCCUCGUGGACGAGAACACGGGAGUUCACAUGAACGAGUCCGCCGAGAUUAAUGCCUACCUUUGGAAGACCUACGGAUCCGAGGCGACUGAGCCUUGGACCUACUGGCUGGGGCGAAAGCUGGCCUUUCCUCCGCUGAUAUUCUUCCCAGCUCUUUGCCGGCCAUCGCUUCGACACGGAGUGCUCCGGGUGCCCAGCAAGUCCGCGCAGGAGCCGCUAGAGCUUUGGGGCUGUGAGGGCUCGCCCUUCGUUCGACUGGUACGGGAGGCGCUAUGUUGCCUCGAGCUGCCCUACGUGCUGCGGAAUGUGCCGCAUGGAGAGGUGAAGAAUCGAACGGAGUUCCGGGAGAAGUACGGCCACUUACUGUCCAGCGCUCGCAACGCGGUCGGAGCGGUGCAGAUGCCCUUCCUCCGCGACCCGAACACGGGGAAGGACAUUCUGGAGAGCAGCGAGAUCGUCGAGUACCUCUACAAAACCUACCAGGACCAAGCGGAGCCCACCGAGACCUGGUUGGACUUCGCGCCGCCAAAGAAAGCCGUGGGUCCCAAGGCUGACUGA